GCCCCUUCCCGCUCAGUGGCCAAGAUGCGGCCCGCCCGCCGCAUCCACAUCUCCUUCCGGUUCUACACUCGUCACUUCCGGAAUUCUCUCGUCUCUUGUACCAAAAUGGCGGAGAAGCAGGUGACGGUAGUGGAGGAGGCGGAUUCGGUGCAGCCGUUCUUGCGGCUGCGGCGGCAGCUCGGUGGCCACGAACCUGAGCCUCGCGGGACGCAGCAGGAGCCACUGCGGGCGACUAUUGAAUCUGCAAGCAUAGAGAAGAAGGAGAAGCCUCUUCCCAGACUUAACAUUCACUCUGCAUUCUGGAUAUUGGCAUCAAUUGCUACUACGUACUAUGUUGAGUUUUUUAAAACCGUUAAAGAAAUUAUUCAAACAGAUAGUUGGUGGUUUCUAUUUGGCAGUUGUUUGCUGGUUAUCAGUUUGUCCGUGGCCUUUUAUUGCAUAAUAUAUCUUGAGUGGUAUUGUGGAAUUGAGGACUAUGAUGCCAGUUAUCCCACAUUGAUACCUAUCACAACUGCUAGUUUCAUUGCUGCCGCAAUUUGUUUUAACAUUUCAUUAUGGCCUGUGUGGUCUUUUCUCACACCUCUGGUGCUUUUUACCCAGUUUAUGGGUAUUGUGAUGCUUGUGUCUCUCCUGGGUUAAUCCUUUAUGAUUCGAGAGAAUUUGAGAAGAGAAUUCCAGUUGAUUGCCUGCAAGACUAGCCUGUCAGCUAGCAAAACAUAAAGAUCCAACACCGAGUCUUCAAUCAGUAGAUUUGGGACCAUUAAGAAAUCAGAGUUUUAAGCAAAGUGAUCAGACUAAAAGAGGACUAUUAUAUUAAGAAACAUGCUGCUGAAUUUUGAGGAAUAGUUGCUAAAAUUUCAAAAGACACUUAAUGAAUAAGACAAAAUCAGUAUGAAUAAUUUACCAAUUUGAUGAAAACGUGUUUUCCUCUUGUGUUUGAAGAGCUAAAUUUUAUUUUUAUAAUAUUCAUAUAGAGUGGUAAAUGAACCUUCUGCAUAUUCUUGUGCAGUUUUAGGAUCUGGUGGAAACUAAACUCAGUGCAUAGAGUUUUGUUGUUUUUAUUUUGAUCAACCAAUAUCCUGCUUCUUUCUUCAGUGGCAUUAAGGUGACACAUACAGGUUUCCCAAGCAGUCGUGGUUUGGGGUGGGGUGCAAAACGGGCACUUGCACAGCACCUUGCACUUUAGCCCCAGCCCCCAUCUUGUACAUCUCUUAAUGAGUGAAAAGUUAAUAUUAACUUUUAGUUAAUAAUAUUAACUAGAGAUAUACACAUCAGGCGGUAUUAAAAUAUGAUAAAUAAAUAAAUAAAUAAAAUAUGCACUUUAACAACUCCUAUCACAUCUUUUUAGAUUUUAUUUCUUGCAACUUGUUUUGUGUUAAUAAAAGUUAGGGGUGUGUUGUUUUUCCAGUUUUGAAAUAGAAGAAAAAAUAUCUUACUGUAGUUAUACAUGAAAUAUUGGUUCUUAAUUGUGAUUUCUCUGGUAGAUGUCAAGAGAAAACAUAUUCCCAUGACCACAUGUGUUUACCAGCCAGUCAUUAGAAUUAUCUAGUUAAAUUUUCAGCUGUUAACUUUUAACAUCAACUAGAUUUUUUAAAGGUUAACUUAAACUAAUUUUAAAAAGAAUUGAAUGGCCUUAAUUUACAAGUGUAUAAGACUAUGAAAGGAAUUUUGUGAUACAAUUCUUUCAGAAUUCUGGACAUUUUUAGAUUAGUAUCCUUAACAAUCAUUUCAUAUUCAAAGACAUGCAAAAUACUAUUUCUUUAUUGAAAUGUGUAUUUUUAAAAAAUGUAUUAAAAGAGACCUUUUGGCUUCAUCCCAUCCCCCCCACCCCCUGGUGAGGGGGUAAACAUUUUAAAAUGUUCUAUGCUACCUCCUGGCUCAGGCAGCCUAGUCCUCAAAGCCACCCCUCCCCCUUCUGUGCCUCGAAGCUCCAUAGCCCUCUGCACAUGCUUAGAAUAACUGUCUUCUUUAUUCAGAAUAAGCCACUUAAUGGCUCAGUGGGGAAAUGCUUGACUAUCAAGCAAGAGGUUGCCAGUUCGAAUCCCCGCUGGUACAUCUAUACCAGGCAGCAGCGAUAUAGGAAGAUGCUGAAAGAUAUCAUCUCAGACUGCGCAGGAGGAGGCAAUGGUAAACCAAAUUUGGUAAACCAAAUUCUACCAAAGACAGCCACAGGUUUCUGUAGUCACCAGGAGUCGAAACCGACUCGACGGCACACUUUACCUUUAUUCAGAAUAAUCCAGGGACUAUUUCAAAGAAUUAAAUAAUAUGAUAAAAACUUAUCUGAGAUGUUGCCUACCAUGAAAAAUACUAUUUAUUCAUUAUAAUACAAGCAUUCUCUCAUCUGCCCAUAUAGGACACUUGUUGAGUAGCAGGGGCUUAGUUGGCUUUUACAAAGCACUUCACAUGGAGAGAGUGAAAAUGAUCUAACAUGUAUAAAUAAACCUGUCUAAAAAUGCAAGGCUCUUUAGCUUACCAAUUCCAACCUCAUAUAGUGAAGUGUGCCAUCGAGUCGGUGUCGACUCCUGGCGACCACAGAGUCCUGUGGUUGUCUUUGUUUGAUAAAUGAUAAACGAGGAGUUUAUCAUUGCUGUCUCCCAUGCUACACUAUUUCACAUUUAUUCUCACUGUACCUGUAACUGAAAUUGAAAUUGAUUUUAAAAAAUUAUCUGCUCUCUUUGUCACAACACUUAGUAAAGUUGCCACUGAUUUCAGUUGAACAUAAAAUUGGGAGAUAUUUGGAUUACAGCGUUAAAAUUUUUUUCCUAAAUAGGAUACCAGGGAAUAAUUUGACUCCUAAAUGAUUAAUCAGUGUAACACUGUUUAUCAGUGAACUGGCUGACACCAAUUUGAAUCCAAUCUGUCUGGAUAUGAUGUGGUUUUGAGAGUACCAUCUUCUGUAUGCAACUCCAUGUUUCAGAAAAGAAAACAACUUUUCAACUUAUUGUGCUACCCCCGAUUUGCUGGUUCCACAGGUAGUUUGUUCCUCUGAUAUCAGUCACUGUAUAAAUCCAAUUCUUGCUGAUUUCAAUAGAGACUUUCAAGUUAACUCAUUCGGACAUAAUUGGUACCUAUUUAAAUCAUUAUUUCCAUAUAAAAUUCUCUGCCUGAGAAAGUAUUUCCUAACAAAUAUAAAAUAAAUGGCUUAAGUACAAUAAUAGUUCAUAAUGAUAAGUAAAUCUAAGAUGGUAUGUAAUUCAACUCAAUACAAAAUCUCUCAUAACCUCCUGAAUACAUAAACCAUAAAUUCUAGUGCUACCGACACAGUCUGAAAUGUUUAAUGAAAAAAGGCAAUGGUCCUUGAAAUAACAACCUGUUGCUUGUUUAUAUAAAGUAUUGCUUCUCUGAAAGAAAAAUGGCUGACAUGUUUCAGUGACAAGCAGGAUGCCAAGUUGAAAUAAUAUUGAGAUUAGUUAUAUAGACAUGUAGUUCUGGUUGCCAUGCUGAUUCCAAAGUAGUACAUAGAGGAUGUUGCUGAUGGGGAAUAGUAAAGGUUUUUAAUUUCAUGGACACUUGCUGACAUAUUGUGCAAGGAUAAGUCAGCCCAAUAAUGUUGCAUUUACUCAAGUUGUGCAAAUAAUAUGCAAGACAAAACCCAUUGGAAAUAGUAGACCUAAAGUAAAAUGUGCAGUCAAGUCAGUGUCGACUCCUGGCGACCACAGAGCCCUUUGGUUUUCUUUGGUAGAAUACAGGAUGGGUUUACCAUUGCCUCCUCCCAUGCAGUAUGAGAUGAUGCCUUUCAGCAUCAUCCUAUAUCGCUGCUGCCUGAUAGAGGUUUCCCAUAGUCUGGGAAACAUAACAGCAGGGAUUCGAACUGGCAACCUCUAGCUUGCUAGUCAAAUCAUUUCCAUGCUGCGCAGUUAUUCUGGUGUAGUGUCUGCACAAUUUUUCUGUUUGGGCAACUUGCAUACCUAUGACAUUACUGGACUGGCACACCCUUGUGUGAUAUAUCAGGCCCUGUCAGCAAAAAUUAGAAGGCUUUAGGCUUGGGUUCACCUCUAGUCCUAUUUCUUACCUUUGUGAAUAAAACAUGUAUUUGUUCCAAUAAGAUGCAUCACUCUUACCUCCUUUCUCUCUGCUUGCACAACAUAAAUGGUAGUAUUUUUCUUCUAGGAUAUCUAUAAAUAAUAGCAAUCUGCCCUCAGGACCUCAUCCUCUGAAUAUGCAGCAUAAAUGUAAAAUUCUACUUCCUAAGUAAUAGACUUGAUUCAUGACCUCUGAUGCAGAAGUUUCAUGCCACAAGUAUGAGUUCCAAUGUGCAUAUGGAGAUCUGAAUAAGUAUCUGAAUAAUUUUUUGCUAUAAUGUUGGAGUAUCAUUCAGACACACAGUUGGAAUUUCCCCCAAACUGAAAUGGAGGAGCAGCUCCCCACUUUUGAAAAGCAUCAUCUGUGCACUUAAGUCACAUGGAACUUUGGUUUGGAGUGAUCACAUUUAAAUAUGGUGCAUUAAUAUAGUAAUUGAGGAAUAACAUUUUUACUUUAAUGCUUGUGUCCAAUUCAUCAGUGUGUGGAAUAGCUGGAGCUGGUUCAACAAGUGUCCACUGUGAUAAUUUGCUUUAGAUUUGUAUUUAUUUGACUUAUUGCUGUCUUAAUCUCAUGGACUUAAAGUGGCUUACAUUUCCCCUCUAAAUGCUAAUAGUCCUGUACCGAAAGGCUCAUUAAAUAAUAAUCAUGAUGAUUUUAAUUACAUAAUGUAGAGCUA